AUGGGAUUAUCCUUUAUUCAAUUUUCACUGAUUCGAGCACAUAUUUUGGUUUUUAAAAGAAGUUUGACUACUAGGAAUGCCAAAAGUUAUGAUCCAUUAAAAAUUGCCUUUUUUGGAAGUGAUACAUUCAGUGUUGCCAGUCUUUUAAAACUAACUCAAUAUCAAUCAACUCAUCCACAAAAAAUUGACAAUAUCCAUGUUAUCACUAGAAGUAUUAAACCAACAGGUAGAAAUUUGAAAAAUCUUAUAGAUCUACCCAUUGGAAUUGAAGCUCAAGAAUCAAAUAUUCCUAUUUUGAGAGCAGAUACAUCAUCUGAAAUCCUUGAUAUUUUGAAUAGUCAUCAUUUUAAUUUAGCAAUUGCAGUAUCGUAUGGUCGUUUGAUUCCUGCAGAAUUUAUUUCUAGUUGUAAAUAUGGAGGUUUGAAUGUUCAUCCAUCUUUAUUACCUAAAUAUUCUGGUUCUUCACCUUUACAAUUUGCAUUAUUGAAUGAUGAUAAAUUUACUGGAUGUACCGUACAAACACUACAUCCAACUAAAUUCGAUCAUGGUGAUAUAUUACUUCAAUCAAAUGAAGUUUCUAUAGAAGACAACGAUAAUAUUUCUUCUUUAUUAAAUAAAUUUGGCCAGAUUGGUGGAGAUUUGUUAGUUGAUACAUUACACCAAGGAUUAUUUGUUAAUCCAACACCAGUUAAAAACAAUUAUCAAUUUUCAUUAGCACCAAAGAUAAAUAAAUCAAAAUCACAAGCUUUAUGGAGUGAAUUAACUGCAAGGGAAAUUAAAAGAGUUUACGAUGCAUUAGGUCCAAUUUAUACAUUUAUAAGUGUCAAUCUUAUCAAAAAGAGAAAACCAUUCAUGGAAAAACAAAGAGUUAUUCUUUCAAAGGUGAGUGAGUUGAUAAAUCAUGAUGAUUCAGUUAAUACACUUGUAAAUCCAGGAGAUUUUACUUUGGGUGAAAAAGGAUUAAUUGUUAAAGCUAAAGAAGGUUAUGUCCUUGCAGAAUCAAUUAAAAUGCAAGCACAAAGUGAGGAAAGCCCUGAACUGUUUAUAGGUUCAUACAACAGGAAAGUUGGAAAUACCCCCAAACAAUUUAUAAACUAA